AUGACUCAAAUAUCGACAAUUUCAGAUACUAAAUAUAAAUACAAAGCGUCGAAAUAUGUCGAAAUACUAAAUCAGUUGCGUCGUACUGGCACUCAAUUUGAGGUCAACCUUCCCACAAUUGUCUUCUGCGGUAAUCAGUCCGCUGGAAAAAGUUCUUUGUUGGAAGCCAUCUCUGGUGUUGCGUUGCCAAGGUCCGAUGGAACCUGCACUCGUUGUGUUAUGGAAUUACGCCUAAUUGAAUCUGAAGAGCCAUGGGAAUGCCAAAUUUCUUUACGUCAUGAAUAUGAUGAAAAUGAUAAGCCUCUUCGUUCAAAAGAGAUAAAAUUCGGAAAUAAGAUAUGUGAUCCAAAAGAUGUUGAACUUAUGGCUCGUAGAGCUCAAAAGGCCCUAUUAAAUCCUUUAAAUGACAGUGAUCAGUAUAUUGAUUGGAGCUUUGAAAAUUACGAGGAAGACCCAAAUUCGAACAAACUUAAAUUUACGAAAAACGUAGUUUGUCUAGAGAUAAGGGGAAAGGGGGUACCAAAUUUAAGUUUAAUAGAUCUACCUGGAAUUAUCCGACACACGGAAAAAAUUGAAGAUAGAAAGUUCGUUCAAAUGAUUGAGGAUCUUGUAAAUAGUUAUAUUAAAAAAGAAGAAUCCAUCAUUGUCGCGACCAUAUCAUGUAAGGAUGAAAUAGAUAAUCAGGUGAUGGUCACUCUCGCAAAGACAGUAGACCCGUUAGGAUCUCGUACCCUCGGUGUUCUUACGAAGCCUGACAUGAUCGAAGCGGGCACUCAUGAGCCAUGGUUAAAAAUUAUGAGAGGAGAGGCUCAUAAACUUUCUCUGGGAUAUUAUAUUGUUAAAAAUCCAAAUAAGAUGCAAUUGGUGGAAAAAAUAACUUUUGAAGAUGCUAGGAAAGAAGAAGACGAUGCACACGCUAAAUUAGAAAAAAUUCCGGAACCUCCCGGAAAAAAUCCACGACUAGCGUUAUAUCGCAUGAUUAAAGAAUGUUCAGCCAAGAUUAAAGAAGCAAUAAGCUCGGACAAUAAUACUGAGCUUUGGAAUUCCAUCAGUAACGAAUUUAAGAAGUUUAAAAGAGAAGCUUGUUCUUCAAGAUCAAUAUUCGCAGUUGGUGGAAUGAAGUUCGAUGCAUUGAAAGAAUUUAUUAACGAUGUUGCGCCAGGGGCAAGAGGCUUUAACACUGUGAUUACCGAACACGAGAUCACCAAUAUUAUUAAUAGCUCUCGUGGAAAAUUACUCCCGGGAUUUACACCAUAUCCGGCCGUGACACAAUUGAUUCGAAAGUCUCAAAAUGGAUGGAGAAAUCCUUCUCAUGAGUGUUUAACACGAAUAUACGAAAUAAUAACAAAUUUAGCAGGAAAGGAGUUGGAAAUAGCUUUUUUAAGAUUUCCAACAUUAUAUUCACAGAUGGAGUUUUGCACGACUAAUUUACUUGAUGAUUGUAGAUAUGAAGCAACCAAAUAUAUCGACUUCAUAUAUGAUCUAGAGCAAUUAAACCAUCCAUUCACUUUGGACGAACCGGGAAUGAUCAGUAAAAAAAAGAAUUACUCUGAUCAGCUAUACGAAGCCGUAACGAAAGUAAAAAAAGAAGUAACCGACACUUUGGAUGUUAUCGCAUCUCUGAUGAC